UUGUGAAGGCUGGGAGUUAAUCACUUGAGCGGCACACGCCGGUUCUAUGGGAGCACAUGUUGUACACUGGGUCCCCUGGGGGGAUCAGGAGGUCCACACACACACACACACACACACACACACACACACACACACACACACACACACACACACACACACACACACACAGCUGAAUUUACAUGUCAGUUAUAAUGCAAAGCUGGGCACAGGCCGACUAGAAAAGCAGAAGACCCACCCCCUCCACAGAACAGUUAGCAGACCCUCCUGGCUGUACUGAUAGUGUGAGGUUUGCAUUUGCUGCUGGUUCAUUCAAGGGCAUACACACACGUCUGCCUGUUCAGUUUCUCCAGGACUGGAUAGAUGACUCUGCAGGGGCCUUGCUAGAGAUGGAUGCGUAGUUUGACCAGGCAAUGAAGCCACUGACAGUACUUCUUUGGGGUCAUGAGUUAUGUCUUCUAUUCACUUCUGUGUAACUUGACCACCUGGACACCAUCCCCACCAUCACCUAUGCCUGCAGGACCAUGGGUAGUGUCAGCAGCCUCAUCAACGGCAACAGCCUCAACAGCAAACACUGCAAGGCGUCUGACUAUAAGUUAAAAAAGGGAACAAACCAUCAUAGAAAGAGUGGAGGCUGCAGCCUGGACGGGUUACUCAAGUGCGGCUUUACUCAGGACUCCUCUUCCUCCAGUCAUCCCACUAAAGGCCUGUCCCACACCCGGUCGGGACGAAGUGAAGAUUUUUUUUACAUCAAGGUGAGCCACAAACCAAGGUCGGUGUACCACAAAGGAGGAGCAAUGGAAGAUCACACAAGUGGAAAGAAGAGAGAUGGUGAAUCAGACAGGCGACUGCAACCAAAACUGCUGCUCAUGUCAGGGAAAAUGACUGACAGGACCUCUGCUGGGAAGUCAUUGGUCCAUUCCACUGCCUUCAAGCCUGUGAUUCCCAGGAGCACGUCCUCCACAGAGCCAGGCCACAACAGCAUGGACCACAUCCUGUGUCCUCUGGAGAAAGCAAGGAGUCCAGACAACAGACAUAAGCAAGACACCUUCUCAGGGACUUUCUCCGACUCCGGACGUAACUCCAUGUCUAGCCUGCCCACCCACAGCACCAGCGGCAGCCUAAGUGCUUCCACAGGCCCUGUCAGUCACAGUGAUGGCAGCUCAGCUCCCGCAAACAGCUUCAGCAAGGGAGUACAACCCAAUUUCCCUCCAUGGGUCAAUGGGAAUAGCGCUAACCUUGACUGUAGCUACAGGGCUGGUUUAAACAGCGGGGGGUUGGCAUCAAAAGCGAAUGGGGAUGCUGGCUCCCCACUUUCUGCAGAUGAGCCAAGUCCUCUCUCUGAAACUUCAGGUGGGAUUCGGUCCCCUAUUACUACUGAUGAGUCACUGAUUGAACGUUUGGAACAAAGGUUACUGGAGAGAGAGUCUGAACUGCAAGAGCUACAGGUGAGUUUUGAGGAGAAGGAAGCAGACACCUGCCAGCUGUUUGAUGACAGACAAAAGUACUGUACUGAGGAGAUGGAGGGGCUGAAGCAGCGAUGCUCCACAAAGCUACGGCAAGUGUCCCAAAUGGCUGCAAAAACCCAGCAAGCACUCCAGCUGCAGGUCAGGCAGCUCCAGGCAGAGAAGGAGAGGCUUCAGGAGGAUUUCUCAAAGCUAACCCGAGAGAAGGAUCUUGUUGAGCUCAGACUGAGGUCUUAUGAGACAGAGAGCACACAGCUUGCUCCAACACUAGAGGAAACUCAAUGGGAGGUGUGCCAGAAGACAGGGGAGAUCUCAUUGUUGAAGCAGCAGCUGAGAGACUGCCAGGCAGAUGUCAGCCACAAGCUAAAUGAGAUCGUCAGCCUCAGGGCAUCACUGAAGGAAAACACAGCAAAGAUGGAGAUGCUCCAGACACAGAAUAAAGACCAUGAGGACAAACUCCACUCCCGCACCAUAGAGGUUGAGGUGUGCCAAAAUGAACUCCAGCGCAAGAAGAAUGAGGCUGAUUUGCUGAGAGAGAAAGUGGGCAAACUGGAGACAGACAUUCAGGGAAUGAAACAAGAUCUGGCUAUGGCCAAAGAGCAGAGGCUGCAGCACAGUUUGCAACUUGAAGACCAUGCCCAGACUCAGGCCUUGGACAGACUAAUCCAAGGCUCAGACCCCCUGGCCCUAGGCCAAGGGGAGGAGAACAGUGGACUCGUCUCCACAGAAUCAGUCCAGAGGGAAGUGGAGAGACUGAAGUGGCAGCUCAGGGAGGAGAAGGAUGCACAAGAGAGGCUGGCCAACAGCUUUGAACAGGAGAGGCAAACAUGGAACAAAGAGAAAGACAGGGUCAUCAAGUACCAGAAGCAGCUCCAGAUCAACUACCUACAGAUGCACAAGAAGAACCAGGACCUGGAGAGGAUCCUGAAGGAGCUGACCGCUGAACUGGAGAGCCGUACAGAGCUUGGCAUGGACCUCAACUACAGCUCAGGGUUACAAACGUAUGACGACGUUAUUGCCACAGAGAUUUGAUAUGAGCACUCACACACAUUCAGUAAAAGUGAACUGGGCACUUGACUGUUUUUCACUACAGAUAUUUAUGAUGUUAUAACACCUGGAGAUCAUUCACUGCUGUUUUACGAGGGUUAUUUAAUAGAAUGUGCAUAAUAAUAGUAAUAAUAAUAGUGUAAUUUGUGUCCAGGUCACAAAAAGCAAUAACAUUAAAAAUAGCUUUUUUUUUUUGUCAUGACACUGUUAGUACUUGUUUAAAAGUAAAUACUAAUAAUAAGUUAUUUAAUGUUCAAAUGAGAAUAUUUUUUAUUUUUUUACCAUGCUGUCUAACAGGAUCACUCAUUAUUCAAAUCAUGUAUACUUGUGUAGUUUAAGCACCAUUUACUUGAUGUUCAUUGAUGCAGGCCAGACAAUAGCUGAUUUAUCUGUUUCAUGAUUAAUGUCUGAUGGUGACAUGUGAUAAGCAUGAUCGUGGCUUAACAUCUGUCCCUUCCAGUGCAGACCCUGGCAGUGAUAUAUCAUCUAUUCUGAGUGUGGGUUUCUGAACCUUAAUUCACUUUGCCUUGUGUAUCCACAUUCCUGUUACUGUAUGCACCUAUACUGUCCAUUCUUAAGAGGUCUUGUGCAUGGAAAAUAGUUUUAAACCAUUUUAUGAGUCAUUUCAGUAUACACAAGAUGUGAAUCUUUGUUACAGCCACAAAAAUACAAAUACACAAAUACACGUUAAAAUCAUUUUAAGCUGCCAUGACUUUUGUUUAAAUGCAAUUCAACAGUGGAAAUUUAAGUAAAUGCGCAAACAGGCGUCGCUAUAUUUUAUUAUAUCAUCUGCACGUGUUUGUCAUUCUCUAGAUAUUGAAAAAUUCGAACUUUCUGUUACUUAAAACAUUGAUCGGUAAAUUCAUCUUGCAAGGAAGGCAGUACAGUUACAUUGUCAAUUCAGGAAAGUCCUAAUAUCAUUCAUACAGUAACCAUCAAUUUACUUGUAGUAACUGUCAGGCUGACUGUGUUGAUGAGAUCUUAUGGUUGUAAUCGAAUUGUCUAAUUUCAUUUUCUAUGGGUCCGUCUACAAACCUGAUCAGAGAUUAUGAACCUUGUGCACGAAACCUGGACUUUUUAAUGCAAACCUUAUUCCUGAGCCAUGCAGAGAAUGGAACAUUUAGUACACUAUCAAUAUGUCAUGUUAAUUCCUGAUACAGAAAUGCACAAAAUAUAAUAUAUAGUAGAGAACACAUCUGACAGAUAGCAAGGGCAAAUGCAAAUUUUGGGAUUCACUUUGUGUUCUGUGUGUUUAGAGAGAGGGAAAUAGAUUAAAGGGGGCUGGAUAAAAUACAAUAAAAGCAAAUAUUUUAAGAGAAAAACAAUGGAGAAAAAAGGUAAUCUCCCAGUAAUGUCUAUCUCCCUCCCUACAUUGUUCAUCUAACUUCGUGAGAGUUAGCUGGCACUGCUCCACUUGGAGACAAACAAUCCUUCCUAGCAGCAGACCUGGCCAUUUGGCUCUACUAUUUUGGAGCUAUUCCACUUCCCACAAGGGCAAAGUAGUUUGUGAAGCAAAAGUUUAGCUACACCACCCACUCAAAACUCAGGGGCUCACAUAGACAGAUCAGGCAGAAAUAUACUGUAUGCACACACUGCGCUGGUCAGGAAUGUGUGGCAAUCUCUGUAAUGAGGCUGCUUGAGAUUACAUAGCUACCCACCAUUACAUUACAUUACCACAGCAGGUCAGGAGAGAUUCGGAGGCAGACAGACUAAGUGGAACUCCAAGGUGAGGAGCUGUAACCAGUGGCACUCAUACUUAAGUGACUGAUAAGUGUUUCACAGCCCUUACUCUGAGAGCACAGAAAAGUGAUCAAAACGGGAUAUAGCAAAAGGACAGUUGAUACUGCAGCUAUGGUACUGGUGAAUUUAAUCUACAAAAUCAAACGUAGAGCAAAUUGCACACCUUGGGCAAAAAAAGCCUCAAUGAAACAGACGGUAUGCUGAGAUUGGAAACAAGUACCAACAAACAACUUACGGUGCAAACAGGUGAUUUAAAAAGAAGCUAAUGUUUGUCAUUUGUGCAUCAGUAGUCAUUCACCUUUGCUAUUUUCCUUUUUUUUUUUGCUGUAUAAUGAAACUGAUUAUCUGAUUUUACAUCUAUUUCAGCAAACAGUCUUGUUCACUGAGGCUCUUUUUGCCAGAGGAAGAUGACAAGUUGGUUUUAUCCGGGCUCAAACAUCAAGAAACAUUUCAUUGGACUAAUCUGCAUUAUGUUGUGUAUGGGUGAAUACUUUGGUGCGUACUCCACACCAGAACAGACAAUAAUGUGGCUAUAGAUGUAUGAGGUUUGUCAGACAACACAUGUUUAUUACCCAACUUCACAAGCAAAUGCUGGAAAUAAAUAUGAAUGCUGUUUAUAUUCAAAGCUGUCAACUGCA